AUGAUUGUUGAUUUAAAAAAAGUCAAAGAAUUAGUUGUUAGUGCCUGCUACAACACAGUAUCCUGUUUAUUUAAUAACUUAAUUUAUUUAGUUAUUAUACACUACUUAUCUCUUAAUUCUAAAGAUGCCUCCUUACAAUAAAAUGGAAUAAGUUUAGCAUGCACAGUUUUGAUUAUAACAUUUGAUCCUAUAAUAAUUGCUUUUUCAAUGGGCUUAAAAAUUCUUUACUCUUAGUUUGAUGCCUCUUAAAGUGCUAGCAAAUCAAAAAAUUUCAAUUUUUUAUUAUACUAAUGUAUAGUCUUUACUUGCAUUUUAGGAAUUGCUAUUAUUGCCUUUUUACUUUUAUGCUUUGAAUACUUUUUUAAGUUGCUAAGCUAUGAAUAAGAUACUAUUGAUAUGUCAAAAAUAGGCCUCAUGUAUAUAUUUGUGAGUAAAAUAGCAUUUUUAAUAUAUGAAUAUUAACGCUCUUAGCUGCUUGGAAUGAAAGUGUUUGGACCAUUUGCUUAUUUCUAAACUGCUUCUUUUGUAAUAACUACAAUUUUCUGUGAAAUAUUCCAAAAUAUCUCUGAAGUUGGAAUUCACUAAGCAGGAUUACUUUUUAUCAUACACGACACGAUAAAAGUUUUAAUCCUGUUUCUAUACAAAAAAAGAAAUAAUAAUACCCCAGAAAAAUUAUAGAAUACAAGAUAAAGCGAAACAAUUUAUGAACUAGCUCAAUUAAUUUUAAAAGAAAGAAAAAAUCUUAUUGAUUUGGUAAAUUAUGUAAAACCAAUUUUCUUAAUAGUACUUAUAGAAUGUUUCUUUUUUAAUGCAUCAGUAAUUCUCUCUGGAAAAUUUUCAAAUGAGUACAUAGUAACUGCUGUUUGUUUUUAAAUGACAAAUACCCUUAUUUUCAAGGGAAUCAUGGGUCUUUAUGAAUCCUUAGUUAGCUUCAGUGGCACAGCAUUUGCUACUAGAGACUUCGUAGGAGCUAAGCAUUAUUUAGUUUACACUAUUUCUAUUUUACUCAUUUAUGAAGCUUUAUUUAUAACUUUCUUAUUACUUUUUUCAGAUUUCUGGGCAGGUAGUUUCUCAUAAGAUCCAUAGGUUAUUCAUUUAAUUAACCUUUAUAAAUACAUUUAUAUUUUCACAAUCCCCUUUGAUGGUACUUAAGUACUUCUUUCAGCAUAUCUAUAGACAAUAGAAUUAAAACAAAUUGUAAAGAAAACAGAAUUUAUUAGCUUCAUAAUUAUAGGAAUUCCCACUAUAUAUAUUAUGGGAGUUGGAUUAGAUUUAAAGUUAGGUGGUAUUUGGUUAGCUAUUGGUUUUUGCAAUUUGAUCAACUUAAUUACAUAUUUGAAAGUAAUAAAAUCAAUUGAUUACGAAGUGUAACAUAAGAUAAUUAUCCUAAAUCAAGAUAUUAUAGAAUCAAAUAAUCAAAGCGAUCAGCUUACAGAGCUUCUUCCAGUUUGUUAAUCAGACUAAUUUUUAGAAAAAAAUAUUUGA